AUGUUCAAAAAUAUUGAAGAAACCAUACCGCUUAUAAGAAUACAGGCUGAAGAGGGAACUAGUCGAAACUCCGAGGGCGAAGACAAUGAUGGAAGCGACAUCAACGCUGGCUCCUCCAGGGUAUUGUCCGCAGCCACGUCUAGAGAAGAGGACGACGAUUCCAGUAACAAUGUCAGCAGCGAGAGCAAAAGUCCAGGACAAAGAUUGUUGAGCAAGUUGUCUCCAUUCACGCCACACGCUCGGCCCGACGACAUGCGACCGAUCAUUGCAUCGAGUUCGUCAAGCUCUCGCAGGUCCGUCCAGGACACAGAGAGGCCUGGAUCAGACACAGACAAAUGCGGACGUAAAUGGAGACACGUCCAGGCUGUUAUGGCAUACUACCAGGCACUAAGGAAAAUAAAAAGGUUCGAAUCAAUGACCGGACAACGAACAAAAUCGAACCAAAGAUGGAUGAAGCUGCGCACCACGGUACAACUCAGCUCCGCGAUACAGAAGAAACCGCCUUUGAAAAGAGAAGACUCAUUUUUGAAGAGGUUUUCGACUAGGCAGACGCCAGCAACACAGGAAACAGUUGAAGAUACAGGGUCGGAAGGUGCUACAGGAGAACCGAGGUCCACUAACAGGCAAAGAAGAAGGAAAGUUCGAGCGCCAAGAACUGUAGUCAAUCCAGACGAGAACUUCUACUUCUAUUGGUUGUGGCUCAUCACCCUUUGUGUGUUGUACAAUCUUUGGACACUCAUCGUAAGACAGAGCUUCCCAGAAUUACAAGUGUAUGACUCAAAAAAACUUGCCAAGCAUUACCUGACUUCCCGGUCGUUCCUGCUGGACAUCGCGUCACUGACGCCUCUGGAUUUGCUGCAGUUGAAAAUUGGGACCAAUCCUAUCAUCCGCUUCCCCAGGUUCUUCAAGGUUUACCGAGCAGUUAGCUGUUACUACAUCGUGGAGUCCAGAACGGUGUAUCCUAAUUUCUGGAGAGUAAUUAAUCUGAUACACAUCCUUCUGAUUUUGGCACAUUGGUUUGGAUGUUUUUACUUCUUGCUGUCUGAAGCUGAAGGGUUUCAGGGCGAUUGGGCAUACCCUCAUAGACCAGGCGAUUACGCUACUCUCACUCGAAAGUAUUUGGGCUCCCUCUACUGGUCCACACUGACGCUCACAACUAUCGGUGACCUGCCUACUCCAGAAACCAACGCCGAGUAA